AACAAAGUGGCCAGCGACCCUGAGGUGCGCGCCGCUUAUUUGCUUCCUAUUUGGGAUUUGGAACUCCUUUGGGCGAAACUGCUAAAGAUUACAGUGAUGGUGGAACCAAUUUUCGAUUACCAGUUCCGAUUAAUACUUAUAGGAGAUUCUACCGUGGGAAAGAGUUCUCUUCUUAAGUACUUCACAGAUGGCAAGUUUUUCGAGAUAUCAGAUCCAACUGUUGGAGUGGACUUCUUUGCAAGAUUGAUUGAAGUGUCAGAUGGGACCAGAAUAAAGCUUCAGCUAUGGGAUACAGCAGGACAGGAGAGAUUCAGAUCCAUAACUCGCUCCUAUUAUCGCAACUCUGUGGGUGCAUUGGUGGUGUUUGACGUGUGCAAUAAGAAGUCCCUGGAGCACGUUCCCAUGUGGAUUAUGGAGGCCAAAAGGCACAUUGAACCUCACAAGGCAGUGUUCAUCCUGGUUGGAACCAAGAUUGAUAUGGAAGAUGAACGAGAAGUCAGAACAGAAGAUGCAUUGUCUCUAGCCAAUUUUUAUAACAUAAAAUAUGUAGAAACAAGCUCUAUGAGAGGCAUCAAUGUAGAGGAAGCCUUCAGAAUCAUUACACAAGAAGUGUAUGACAAGGUACAAACUGGAGACUUCAAGAUAGAAGAAGGCUGGGAUGGCAUUAAAACAGGGUUUGCACGCCCAAAUCAUUCCUACAGCCUGAUGGAAGCUGAACCUGAAAAGUCUAGAUUUUGCUGUUAAUGGGGACUGGGGACCAAGACUCUGCCUUGAGGUCCUCUUAAUGCAGACCCAACUGCUCAUGGCAAUUUGGCGGCCACACAUCAGUUCUGAAUGCUGCAAUAUCACCCAUUUUUAAACCAAAGGAUAUACCCUAGUCUUAUUUUUUGCUCUUUCUCUCUUAGUUUUUUUUCUCUUUUUUAUAUGAUAGUUCCUCAUAAAUGUGUCAGAAGAAGCAGUUGAACAGUUUUAUAACAAGCCCAAUUUUUGACGAUUUUAUCAUUUGUGCUCACAAUAUAAGAAAAAUGAAUUUCUGUUAGAAAAUAUGCAAUACUUUCACUCCUCUUUUUUUCUUCCUAUUUGUGUAUAUAAAUGCAGUGCUUAUUUUUUCAUAGCUCUAUGUUGAGCAAAAUUCAAUGAGUGACUUGUGGUAGCUUUAGGAUUUUGUUAAGCGAAUUGAAAAGACUGUGAUAUGGCCAGUUUAAGUGCUAGUGGAUUAUGAAGGAUAUAUAGAUAUGUAUAAUAUUUAAUUUAUGUUUGAAAGUAGUUUUUUUUAUGAUUAAAAAAGUUUUUGAGCUUGGUAAAAAUGUCAUUACCUUUGUGCUUGUGUGGUCAGGAGUUAUUUUUUGUCUAUGAUAUUAUUGUGGGCUUAUGUUAAAUCAAAUUCAUUUGUGAUGAAAUUGUGUUUUAUACUUAUGAAUACAUGAUUUUUAUUUUUUACUCUUUUUCUCAGUAUCAAGAGACAUUAAGAGUUACUAAUUGUUAUGAUUCAUAGAUUAUGAACAGCAUGGCAUUACAAUUCCAUUGUUGAAAAUUACAAUUGUAUUGAUAUAAGAAUUAAUUUAAGACUUGUUAAGAAUCUAGAAACUGGACUUGCUGUGCAAGGAAGAGCUUAGACAAUUCUGGAAGCAGAAAGGUUGAUGGCAUGACCCCAAAUUUUGGUGUUGUGAUAUACAAAAGAGAGAGAAAGUGAGAGAGUGAGUGAGUGAGUGUUACUCUGAGCUUAAGUAUAUAAUAUGUUUGUGUGUGACAUGAGAGUUUGCCUGAAAAAUACCAUAUACACAGUGUAUGCAAGCAGUUGGGAAAAACAGGAAAGAUAUAUCUGUACAGGCUUUAUAAUUUAUGCCAAAUGAAGAUUUUUGCUUCUUUCAUU